AUGCGCAGCAGAGUGGAGGAGGAACUCAGACAGGAAGUGAGAGACGAAAUGCUCAGCACCAUGAGAGAUGAGAUGCAGAGGACCAUCAGAGGCUCCACCGUCAACUAUAUGGAUAACACGGACGCCAGUGAAGCCAUGGCCCGACCCACAGCCACCAUGGAGGAACAGCAGCGUAUGACGAACGAAAAAAAGGGUGAGUGCACCUCUCAGCCACCAUCACUUCACACGCUCAAAAGCCAUGUUACCUCCAGCAUAUUCAGACGCAGCUACAGCACACCACAGCUCCUCCGCUUUCCCUCCGGUCGAAUCCAGUGGUGGACACAAAAUCUAUAAACCAUUCGCUGUUAGCGAUACACAAACCAUCAGUGAUAAGCUGCCCCCCAUCUCUGAGGGAGGCAACUUAUGGCUGGACAAAUUGGACUGCCUGACUAAAGGCCAAGAUCUAGCCCUCGGCGAUUUCAGGGCUAUUCUCGCGCUCUGUGUCACCCCUACCGAACUCAGGGACAUCGAAACCUGUGCAGGUACCAUUUCCUGCAAUGAUGACAGGCAGCUAGUCACAGUAAUUAGGGCUCUGCGUAAUGAACUCCGUUCCAAAUACCCGCUUCCCAACGGUCCAAUGAUCCCCAAGUUCUCAUGGGACAAAAGUCUCUCUCCUAGCGAGUAUCUAGCCCAGUGCAAGGAACAAUGGUCCAAAUACACGGGGGUCCACCCCAGUAAGGGCCAGGAACAUUGGUUUGGAGAUGCUGUAAUUAAAGGUGUUCCAGCAGACGUUAGAGAACACUUGGAAAACAGCCCAGACCUUCCGGGCUCAACCUGCCUAGUGUGGGAACGACAUCUCAAACACCACCUACAGAGAGCGAAAGACAGAGCUGACAAACAAGGUGAUGAUGACAAAGACAUGCAGAGACAACUUGUGAAGCUGCAGCUAAGAAAGAUCGUAAUACAGAUAAAAUUAUGA